CUUCGAUUUAAUAGGAUUUCACUUCCCAUCACUGACAAGCAUUUCGUGUCAUUUAUGGCUGAUAUGACGGGUGACUUACCAUUAGUGGUACCUGUAUCGGUUCUCGAAGAGUUCUUCCAGUGUUCGGUAUGCAUGAAUCACAUGAACAACACGAUGAUGACGCCAUGUGGUCAUCGCUAUUGUCACAAGUGCAUCACCGAGUGGGCCGACCGAAAUCACACAUGUCCGUGUUGCAACGCUCAACUAUUUAACAAACAACUGAUCAAGGAUUACCAGUUUGACAACCUCAUUGCUGUUGUAAACUUUGAGAAGGAGAAAGCAGAGGAUAAAUACUUUGAAACUUUGAUCAACACAGCAUCCGAUGAAUCUGAAUUCUCCAACAGAAAAUAUUCACCAGUGGAGCAAGUGUUGAAAAAACAUCUAAAACAAAGUCUUGCGGCACAUGAGAAUUAUUUUCUGGGAUUAAAGAAUGAUUUUGCAAAACGGAAACAUUUUUGGGAACAGCAGUUACAACGGUCCCUCGACACACUACAACUGGAAGGUCUGCCACCUGCAGAUAUUUCAGAGAAGUCGGAUGCUUUAGAGAAGAGUUUUCAGGAGAAAUGUGCCACACUGAGUGAAGAACUUGACAGGUGUAACGCGUUUGUAGCAGAUGCCUAUGACAGGUAUCUUCAGAGUCACAUCCCGAGUCUGGAGAUCCUGCCAGUGUCUGUGUCUGUUCUGAUUGUGGAGAAAAACAUCCGAAUCCCGGACCUUAUCUUCCAACCAGUUGACUGUCUAAACGUGAUUCAGGGAGCUGUUGAACGGACACUGCAGGAGAGGGGGGAUCCAGUGUUGAGGUGGGACUACAGCGGCAGAAUUAUCCUGGUCGGACCCCUGUCAAGAUGUAACCAGACUGAACUUGCUGCAGUACUCUCGGGUCCCAUCGAUCCUGACAUGUAUCCUGAUGUUCACCAGGUGACGUGGCAGACCAAACCCAUUAUUCAGUUUGGAAUGAAACCCGGCACUGAGAUUGUUCUUAUCCAAUGCCUCAAGUGCGAGAGUGACAUGCCGAAAGUUUGUUUUGUCGAGCAGUACAAGACACAGGGAUCCCAUCCAGUCGACUACUUCUCCUGUACACAGUGUGGAUUUAAUUGGAUCUGCCGGUCAUGUAUUCAGAUAUGUCAUCAAGGUCAUGAUACUAAACCGUAUGUUAUGAAUCACAAACCAACAUGGGCCUGUUGUUACUGUCCAAAGAAAAAGAAAUGUCAUUUACUGAAGCCCAGAUCUGAAGACAUGGCAACUGAUGACUCGUUACAGCAGAGUUUGUUUUCAGAACACCUCUAGGUCCGUCAACAUUCCACCAUGAAUAAACUCUGAAAAGUGAAGUUGUAUUUAAAGUUUUAAGAGUAUCAUCACAUGAACAUCAUAAAUACCACCAUGAAUAAACUCUCAUCACAUGAACAUCAUAAAUACCACCAUGAAUAAACAGAAUACUGACUCUAGGACAGGGUUCUUACACUUGAAAAAAACAUCAGAUUCAAGGACAUGUUUGGGGUUUUUUUCAAUGAAUGAAUGUUUUUAUAACACAUUGUUGUCUGAAUUUAGACAAGUUAUAAUGAUAACAAAAGUAAAGAUGCAAAAAUAAUAAACCACUGAAUUUUUGGCCCAAAUUUCAAGGACACAGUCAAAUUUAAUGCUUUUUCCAGGACAUUCCAGGCCAGGGCCCUGUUCCAUGAAGCAAUCUUAGCCCUAAGAUCACCGUAACUGCAUAGAUAACAUAUGCAUUUAAGGUGAUCUUAGCGCUAAGAUCGCUUCGUGGAACAGGGCCCUGGAUUUUAAAGUCACAAAAUUCAAGGACAUUCCAGGAUUUCCAGGAUGCAUAAGAACACUGUCACAAAAGUAAAGUUGUAUUGCGAGUUUACAGAGUAUCAAACGCCGCCACGGAUAAAUGGAAUAUUGAAUAUUGGUCACAUUAAAUAGUAAAAAUUUAUUCCGGUUUUACAGAAUGUCAUCAUAGGACCACCAUGAACAAGGGUUUCUCGAAUAAUUUGUAUCUAAAUAUAUCAUGGCCACCAUCUUUGUUUUUUUUUGUCAGUUGACCACAAAGAAUUAUGCGUAAAUUUAAUGUGUUGAACGUGUAUGUUACUAGUUAAUGCAUAGGACACUCAAGAUUCUCUCCUAAAAUAAAAAAAAUAUUCUACUAGUAAAUGGAAUUAUUUACUUGUAAUGUUUUAUAGGCAUAUAGCUGAAGGUAUAAUAAACUUUGUUUCAAAGCAAAAAUUUAUAAAUAUUUUUGGCAGGAACUGCCAUUAUUGCAACUUUGAUAUUAGCACCUUUAAUAUAGAUAGCUCAUUUUCAAUGACUGUCUUGAAAGUAAAGUUUUAUUGUGAAUUUUACAGAAUAUUCUCAUAGUAAUUUUCAAUGACUCUAGAAAGUAAAGUUUUAUUGCAAGUUUAACAUAAUAUUAUCAUAGGACCAUUGUAUAUACAUACCACCAUGGACAAAUGGAAUAUAGAAACAUCUCAUAUCAUGUGACUCUCUAGAAAGUAAAGUUGUAUUUAGAGUUCACAAAAUAUCAUCAAAGGACUAUUAUCAUUCUCUUAUAAACAAAUGGAAUACAGAGUUCAGUUUACUCUGAAUAAUAGACCUAUAACUCUUUACAGAGUUCAGUUUACUCUGAAUAAUAGACCUAUAUCUCGGAGAAUACAGAGUUCAGUUUGCCCUGAAUAAUAGACCUAUAACUCUGACAGAGCUCAAAGAAUACAGAGUUCAGUUUACUCUGAAUAAUAGACCUAUAACUCUUUACAGAGUUCAGUUUACUCUGAAUAAUAGACCUAUAACUCUUUACAGAGUUCAGUUUACUCUGAAUAAUAGACCUAUAUCUCGGAGAAUACAGAGUUCAGUUUGCCCUGAAUAAUAGACCUAUAACUCUGACAGAGCUCAAAGAAUACAGAGUUCAGUUUACUCUGAAUAAUAGACCUAUAACUCUUUACAGAGUUCAGUUGACUCUGAAUAAUAGACCUAUAACUCUUUACAGAGUUCAGUUUACUCUGAAUAAUAGACCUAUAUCUCAGAGAAUACAGAGUUCAGUUUGCCCUGAAUAAUAGACCUUUAACUCUGACAGAGCUCAAAGAAUACAGAGUUCAGUUUACUCUGAAUAAUAGACCUAUAACUCGGAGAAUACAGAGUUCAGUUUACUCUGUAUAAUAGACCUAUAACUCUUUACAGAGUUCAGUUUACUCUGAAUAAUAGACCUAUAACUCUUUACAGAGUUCAGUUUUCUCUGAAUAAUAGACCUAUAACUCGGAGAAUACAGAGUUCAGUUUACUCUGUAUAAUAGACCUAUAACUCUUUACAGAGUUCAGUUUACUCUAAAUAAUAGACCUAUAACUCUUUACAGAGUUCAGUUUACUCUGAAUAAUAGACCUAUAACUCUUUACAGAGUUCAGUUUACUCUGAAUAAUAGACCUAUAUCUCAGAGAAUACAGAGUUCAGUUUGCCCUGAAUAAUAGACCUUUAACUCUGAUAGAGCUCAAAGAAUACAGAGUUCAGUUUACUCUGAAUAAUAGACCUAUAACUCUUUACAGAGUUCAGUUUACUCUGAAUAAUAGACCUAUAACUCUUUACAGAGUUCAGUUUACUCUGAAUAAUAGACCUAUAACUCUGACAGAGCUUAAUUUCAGCUUUUGAUCAUUGCCACAGUAGUGCAGUGCUUUAGUACUUUAUUUAAACAUUAAUAAUCCUUAUUUUGUGUAUUAGAUGACUUGAAUACUGUAAAUCAGAAAAUGUUAGCGAGCAUAAACUAUUAGUGAAUUUAGCAAGGCCAUACAAAACGCUAAUAUUUCAUGAUGUUAAAUUUAAAGAGACAUAAAACAGACUGUUCCGAAAAAC